AUGCGAGAUACUCGGGCACGUCCAUCAUCAUGCCGGCGACCUUGCCUCCCCAUACUGCUCCUCUAUCCGCUCGCUGAAGCCAUCAGCUACUACAUAAACGACCCUGGCUAUUUUUUGUCGAUUUUAAAGACUCACGAAGUGCACAAACAAGACGCGGUAAGGCCCUGGCCUGGGCAUGGCUCCGAGUGGCGUGGCACUGCCAACAACCAAAAAUGCGAGAGAGACAGCGCGAACAAGCAUACAAAAGUAUACCACGCUGCUCUUGAAGGGAACAUAUAUUGACAUUGAUAACCCAACUUUAUCUGUGUGCGCAAUAGUAGCCGUCGUUGUACCUUGUUUUCUCCUCGCACCGUUUUCCCACCUCGAAACCCUCGCCGCUCAUCGAGGCUGAGCAAUUCCCCAGACCUCGCACGUAUCAAGCCGAGCCGAACCGAACAAGAAAGCUCUCCAGCUGCGAUUAUAUACCCCAGACGAAGAUUUCCGCUUGUCUUCCCCGAAACAUACCUGUGGGUGACCGACGCUUGAGAAUUAUACCCAGUCCGCCAGGCACUUGACCGGCAUGCGUACCUUCCGGCAACUGUGCAUAUCCCGCGCCGAAAAAACGAACCCGUUAAUGAUGAGCCUACGAUAUCAAUGGCAAGAAGCAAAAACCUGUUGAAGUUCCUCAU